AUGAAAUUAUCAGAAUUUACAAAAAUUAGUAUAAGAGAGAGUUUGUCGGGGAUUUUUGGGGCUAUAUCUAUUGCAUUUUGGUUGAUUACAGUAUAUCCUCAAUUAAUUGAAAAUUAUAAACGAAAAUCUGGAGAUUCAUUAUCGCUUCAUUUUUUAUGUUUAUGGUUAAUUGGAGAUAUUUUUUCUCUGAUUGGAUCAAUAUGGGGAAAAUUAAUAUCAGUAAUUAUUGCGGUUCAAGUUUAUUUUUUUUUAGCAGAUUUGCUUUUAAUCCUUCAAAUUUUAUAUUAUAAACGAAAGCCUAGUCUUCGAUCUAAAGUUCGUUUAUCAACAUUAAAAGGAGCUACACUUUCUCAGUUCUUUGUUUCGUUAGCGGUUGUGAUAAUUUUUGGCAUAUUGGGAUGGAUUAUUACAGUAUUGAUGGGAGGGAUUAAAAAACCGGAAUUAGAAUAUAAUGGUUCUUCUGGAUUUUUAGUGGUGGGUUAUAUUGGGUCUUUUUUUUAUUUAUUUGCAAGAAUACCACAAAUUAUAAAAAAUUAUAAAAGCAAAUCUACAGAUGGGCUAUCUCCUUUAUUUUUUGCUUUUACAGUAUUGGGAAAUUUAACGUAUAUAGUUAGUAUUUUGCUGAUAGACAUCUCACGAAAAUAUAUUUUAAUUAAUCUUCCGUGGCUAUUAUCAAGCUUUGGUACUUUAUUUAUGGAUUUUUUGAUAUUUGCACAGUUUAUUUCAUAUCGGAGAAGAAGAAAAAGCGAAGGUUCUUCAAAUUAA